AUGGUUCGCGUACCGCUUGCGCAAAGGCCUCGAGAUCUUGUGUACUUCUUGUUCUUUGCUAUUCACUUGCCCGCAACAUUCUUGAUCGACCUUCAAGCACUAUACCCCAAACAAUGGGUGCCGAGCAUCCUCUCCAACCUCCCCAAGUUUUACGUUGAGAUGUCCAGCGACCCGCUCAUUGGCAGCGCAAUGGGGUACUUUGGCCAGAGUCAUCUGGACGCGUAUACUUGGUUCAGAAGUUUCCUCUUGGUCGAAGCAUUUUUCCAGGUCCCAGUGUUCGUCAUUGGCCUUCUUGGUCUAUGGAAAGGCUCUCGCUCGAUCUAUGUUUUGCUCCUCGUCUAUGCUGCCUCGACGACCACAACGACCCUGCCCUGCCUCUCCGUCAUCCUUUCGACACCCAUCUCCGCGACUCCACUGAACAUGGCCGAGGUCGCGUCCGCCACGGCCAAAACGGUAGCCCUCACCCUUACGGCCGAACAGCGUCUGCUUCUAUUGUCCAGUUACAUCCCAUUCUUUCUCGUACCUCUCGUGAUGACCGUCGACAUGGCUUCCCGGGUCCAAAGUCUGGUAGCUGCGAGCACAGCGCCUCCGAAGACGGUUAAGCGGGAUUAA